GUGCGGUCAACGGUCUGCCCGCUAUACCUCUCUCAUCGAAAUCGACCAUUUUAAGGUUUGUUCGCGGGGGUGUGCUAACAAGUCGCUGGCUAAGGCAGAGCUCGCGCUAUUGUUAUGUGCAUCUGAAGGCUCUGUCGAUAGUCGACCGCUCCUUCCUCUUUACCCCAAUGCAACGGCCUCUCCACGUCGGCAGUCGCUCAUUUUUCAAUAUAACAAUAUCGGACUAUGUCUGAAUAACACUCGUUCUUACCUUUCUUUCCUUCUCGAAGGUCUUUCAACCAACCGACAUUCGUUAUGCGGCUCUCGCUCUCCUUCGCCGUGUUGGCUCUUGCCCGCCAUGCAUUUGGCGUCGCUUCGACGGACGAAUACAGAGACGCGGACGUUGGACAAUCAGGAUACCUGUCUAAUCAUAAUAUGGACCCUAAUAUCGUGAACUCCGCAAGUUUCGGAUUGCAAUGGAAGGUUCCUUUCAACACUAAUGAACAGUUCUAUGCCAAGCCUCUGACUUAUACGCCCCUCGCCGGAGGCAACCAACUUCUUUUUCUCGCAUCUAGCCAAAACUGGAUACGAACCCUCGAUGCCAAGACUGGGGCUUUAAUAAACUCUCGCCAAGUUCACACCCCUUUUUUACAAUCAGAUAUUGGCUGCACGGACAUUCCGAAUACCAUUGGAAUUACUGGUACGCCGACGAUUGAUCCUGCCACCGACAUCGUUUACUUCUUUUCUAAAACUUACAUCCCUAAUUACCGUGUCGCUGGUAAUACUGGAACAUCUAACGGCGUCUACUACUUUCAUGCUGUCAACAUCAACACCUUGGCAGAUGUAUAUCCUCCGGUUCUUAUUGACGGCUCCGUUGCCGACAAUGACCCUGCGAAAUACUUCGUUGGAGGAGUCAUUCUUCAACGACCAUCUCUUACUCAGGUUGGAACUGUCGUUUAUGGAGCCUUUGGAGGUCAUUGCGAUCUCUUCAAUUACACUGGAGUAAUCAUAGGAGUUGACAUCAACGCAGCGAAAAUCGUCACCCAGUUCGCCAUGGAGAGUGGACCUUUGGCCGAACAAACCAAUGCUUUGCUGACGGACGGAGCCGGUGGUGAGGCAGGAAUUUGGAUGAGUGGCAUGGGUAUUGCUUCAGAUGGCAACCGACUUUUUGUCGUUACUGGCAAUGGUAAUGCUCAUCAAAACCAAGGAACGCCGGCUUCCGGUUCCAGUCCCUUAGCAACACUUGGACAAGCAGCUUUGAACUUUGCAGUGGAUGCUGCUAAAGGCGUCCUAUCCCUAACAGAUUACUUCCAGCCAUUUGACUACCAGAACAGCGACGGGAAUGACCAGGAUUUUGGCUCAGGAGGCAUUGUGCUUCUUGAUCCAACGGUUUUCUCGGGUGGUGGUGUCUCAAAAAUGGCGGUCACGGCAGGCAAGAAUGGGAAAGUGUAUAUCCUCAAUGUCAACAACCUUGGUGGAUACAGAUUAGGCACAGGCCAGACCGACAAUGUGCUCCAAACGAUCGUCACCGACGAAUCUGUCUUUGGAGCCUGUGGUUCUUAUCCUGGCGAAGGUGGAUUUAUCUACUUCACUCCUGUGGGAUAUGCAACAUUCGCUUACCAGUUGAGCUUCAACUCGGCCGGUGUCCCUCAAUUCACGCAAGUUGCAAAGACAAACGAAAUCAGCGCUGGACGUGUUGGUGUGGGCAUUCCGACCGUCACGACUCUGAAUGGCGCGGCGGGAACAGCAAUUCUCUGGAUGACUGAUCCUGACGCUGGAAUUCGAGCAUGGUUUGCAGUGCCACAGAAUGGUGUCCUUGUGAACAUCCCGUUGCCGCAGAUAGGGGGAGCCAACAAAUUUCAGCGACCUGCUUUUGGAGAUGGACGUGUUUAUACAACCGAUGCGAACGGGGUUUUGUACUGUCUUGGCUCUCCGGUCAAUUUGCCCCUUAAUUGCACCUCACCCGUCCAAUUCGGCUCAGUCGGCCUCGGCUCGAAAGCCACCAAGACUGUCACUUGCACGGCAAACAUUGCGAUAACGAAAGUGGUCGGUCUCACAAUCGGAAAUGCUUAUUUCCAAGCAAGUAACGCCAGCUUGCCCACUGGGUCAUUGACAGCAGGUCAAACAUUUUCGUUUCCGGUUACAUGGGAUCUAACCAAUGUCUCGCCGGCCAACUCGGCCAACGCAUCUUAUGGAAAUGUUUCUCCCGGCGUCAAGAGCACUCCAUUGACUCUGAUUACUGUCAAUGGAGUGGCUAACUAUGCGACAUCAUUUCCAGUUAGUCUGACAGGGACAGAGGUCUCUGAAUCUGCAUAUCUCGAUGUCAGCCCAAACACAGUAGACUUUGGGAGUAUCGUAGUCACCAGCACGAGUGGUACCCAGACAGAGUCUGCUUCGAUUAGUCUUGCAAACCGGGGUCAGACCGCGAUGAUGAUCUUGGGAUACGCAUACACUACGGCCAACAAAUCUGUCUUCACAAAUUCAACAGUCAAAAAUGGAGUAUGGGAUCUCGGUUAUGGGUUUUCGACUUCCUCGUUGCCAGCUGUGGGAAGUACGAUUCCUGCCAACACCGCUGUCUCUGUGGCUGCUAUUUUCAACCCAGUUGGUGGCAUUGGUGACUACAGUUCUUUCUGGCAAGUGUGGACCGAUGGCGGCACCGAGAACAUCGUUCUCGAAGGAACAGCAUCGACGGCACCCAUCGCAAAUUUCUCCAUCAGCAACGGCGAGGGAGGAUGGUUGCCCCAAUCAAAUCUUCUGAUGGACUUUGGUGAUGUAGCACCAGGAAGUACUGCAUCCCUUCAAAUUCGAAUCUGCAAUCAAGGUGGCUCGGCCCUUGAGAUCGACAAGUCCAAGCCUCCGAAUGGUGUCUUCCGCAUCAGUGAUCCAACUGAACUGGAAGAGACACUGCAGAUCGUCCCGGGAGCCUGCGCCUAUGGCACUGUUGAGAUGAACGCCCCGACAGAAGAGUACAAUAUCCCGAACCUCGUUGUCAACAACACCUGGACGUUGAACACAAAUGAUCUCAAUUUUGGGGUGCAUAUCGUCGAAAUUACGGCCACAAUCGUUGAUAGAAAAGUCGGGCCGACUAAUAGCACUGGACAACCAGUUUACAACUAUUUGGGCUGCUUUGCUGAGAGUACCAGUGGUCCUCGCUUGUUCCCAAAUGAGCCUGUCUCUGCCGGCACGAGCAACGACAAUGCAGUCUGUCAGACUGGUUGUUACAGCUCUGCCAAGUAUGCUUUCGCUGGCACUGAGUACGGUGACGAGUGUUGGUGUGGAAAUAUUCCUCCACCCUUGGCAAACCAGGAUCUCACAGACACGAGAUGCAAUACAGCUUGUCCCGGCGAUGCAUCUGACAGCUGCGGACAAUCUGGAUGGAUAUCAGUGUACUACGACCCAACCAAAUAUACUGCAGGAGCCGACCCAGCUCUAUACGGACCGCAGACCCCACAGACAGUUGGCAAUUACGUCUUGCAGGGUUGCUAUAGUGAGGCUACCACAGGUCGUGCUUUAAGUGGACAGGCUCCUACCGCUCCCACAGCUGGGUUUACUCUCGAGCUUUGUGAAGCGGCAUGCCAGGGCUAUACUUAUUGGGGGAUGGAAUAUUCUAAUCAAUGUUAUUGUGGGAACUCUCUGGGGACUGGAAGCAUGAACCAGUCAAGUUUGGUUCCAAGUGUCAGUGGUUGCAACAUGCUUUGUACCGGCAAUCAAAACGAGUACUGUGGAGGGGCAAACAGGCUCAAUCUUUACAUGCUUAACACUUCUGCCAUCAUACCUACAAGCACAAGUUCGACAACGAAGUCAGUCACGUCAACUUCCCUCAGCACGGGAGGCGCUACUUCGGUCUCACUUUCAAUAACGUCUUCGACAAUAUCCACUUCGGCAAACCCGUCUCCAACGGGGCCGCAAACCGUCACAAGCUUGGCGGGAUGGAACUAUCUGGGCUGCUACACCGAAGCCACGAACACUCGUGCCUUGAGCGGUCUUCUCCUGCCAAUCAGCGCAGCCAACACCAACGUAGAGAACUGUGCAGCUGCCUGCUCGAAAUAUACUUACUUUGGUGUCGAGUAUGGCCAAGAAUGUUACUGCGGAAACACCCUCAACGCUGGAGCGGUCAACACGAAUACUGUCACAAAUCCUAAUCCUUGUAAUAUUGUUUGUGUCAAUAACACUAUGGAGUAUUGUGGUGGCAGAUCCGUUUUGAAUUUAUACCAAGUUGCCGCUGUUGUCUCGUCAUCUAGCACAAGUUCGACAGCGUCGACCUCUGCGACUAUAUCAACUUCAUCGACCUUGUCGUCUUCGUCAUCUGUUCUGAGUACGUCCUCAACAACCCGCACUACCUCUACAACAAGCUUUCCAACAGUCAGCACUUCUUCUGUCCCAUCCGCGACAAGUGCAUCAAACACAAAACCCACCGUCUCAAGUGCCUCCUCUACAAGCAGCACAGUUGUGGCGACAAGCUCUUCGUCAGUCACAUCUAGUGCUUCAUCCGGCGCCACGACUUCUUCACUGACAUCAACUUCCACCGGCCCUCUACCAUCCUGGACUGGCACCCCGAAAAUCAACUCAACCAUCGGCACCUGGGAAUACCUCGGCUGUGCCACCGAAGUUGCCGGACGAACUCUCACAGGCUCUUCCUACUCGGACGGCGCAGCAAUGACCAUCGAAUCCUGCCAAGCCUUCUGCACAACAAACAACUACGCCCUCGCCGGCCUCGAGUACGCCUCCCAAUGCUACUGCUCGAACAGCAUGGCCUCACCCUCUGCCCUCGGACAGGCCGGCUGCUCUAUGGCAUGCACAGGCAACUCAGCCGAGACCUGCGGCGGCUCAAGCCGAAUUAGCAUGUUCAACAACACCGCUUACGUCUACCCCAAUUCUCCCAAGUCCGCAAACUCAUACACCUACCUCGGCUGCUACGCCGAAGCUACGAACGGACGCUUACUGUCCGGCGUCUCAUACUCGGAUGGUGCGGCCAUGACGGUGGAGUCCUGCACUGCGUUCUGUAAAGCGAAUGUCCCAAGUGGUGGGUACGCCGGCGUGGAGUACGCUUCUCAAUGCUUUUGCGGAGCGGCGUUGAGCCAAACGCCUGUUGCGUCGACUUCCUGCAAUAUGCUUUGUACGGGCAAUAAUAAGGAGUUCUGUGGUGGAAGUGGAACGUUGAACGUUUAUCAGUAUUCAGCGACGGCGGGGAAGAAGAUCAGGGAUUUGAGGGGGAGGGGGGUAUUCUGAUAGAGGAUGAGGGACGGAGCCGCGGACGACGUCUAUGAGGUUAGAUGGUUGGAUAGAGGAGUUUGGAUUGGAUUGGGAUAGAUUUAUAUUUUAUUUAGAUACCCAAUUUGGUUUCUUUCAAGCGUUUCCUUUAUGGGUAGCCUCUAUUUAUAUCCAAUUCUGAUUUUAUUGUUUUAUCCGAAGAUAGAGGCAUUCUAGGUAAGGUCCAUACCCCAUCGAACUUUGAUUCUUUGAGGAGCACUGCCUCACUCCUUGGGUCCUCUCAUUCUAAUGCCCCAGUCCACCCGAUGAUACAUCAUUCCUCUAAAA